AUGCAGUACCAGCUGUCAGUGGCAGAGAUCACCAACGCAUGCUUCGAGCCAGCCAAUCAGAUGGUCAAGUGUGACCCUCGCCAUGGCAAAUACAUGACCUGCUGCAUGUUGUACAGGGGGGAUGUGGUUCCAAAAGAUGUCAACGCGGUUAUUGCUACCAUCAAGAUCAAGUGUAUCAUCCAGUUUGUAGAUUGGUGCCCAACUGGUUUUAAGGUGGGUAUUAACUACCAGCCUCCCACCGUGGUCCCUGGGGGAGACCUGGCCAAGGUGCAGCAGGCCGUGUGCAUGCUGAGCAACACCGGCGCCAUCGCGGAGGCCUGGGCCCGCCUGGACCACAAAUUUGACCUCAUGUACGCCAAGCGGGCCUUUGUGCACUGGUACGUGGGAGAAGGCAUGGAGGAAGGGGAGUUCUCAGAGGCCCAGGAGGACCUAGCAGCACUGGAGAAGGAUUAUGAAGAGGUGAAUUCCGUGGAAGCAGAGGCAGAAGAAGGGGAGGAGUACUGA